AAAUAUGGUAUCUGAAGUUGCUGAGGUAGACCAAGCAAAGGAUACUAGUGAAAAGAAGGGUGAGUUUGCUUUAGAUGAAAGUGAGGAUGAUGACUAUAAACCAUCUGGUGAAUCUUCAAGUAAUGAUGGUUUGUCUAAUGAAGAUUUAGGGACAGAUAAUGAGAAGUAUCUUCUGGCUAGGAGAGAAGUUUUGAACUCCAGACAGUCACUAGAUGAUGGAAAUGCAAACAUUUCCUCUGCACAACCAUCUUCACAUCAUGAGGCUGAUGACAACUAUAUACCUGCAAGAGAUAUUGAGUCAGAAUAUGAAGAUUCUGAAGGGAAUCUUGGGAUGAGAUUUGAAUCCGUUGGGCAAUGUAGGAAGGCAAUUCAGAGUUAUGCAAUUUAUAAUGGGUGCAACAUAAGUUUUAUCAGAAGUAGUUCAACUCAGGUUGAAGCUAGGUGUGAAGUGGGUUGUCCAUGGAGGCUUUAUGCUAGUCUGAUAAAAGGUGAAGGUAGUGUGGCUGUGAAGACCUUUGUUAGUAGCCACAGCUGCCAUAGGGACUUGAACACUAAACAAGCAACUGCUUCAUGGGUUGCUAGGGAGUAUCUACCUAUGAUUAGAAAGAAGCCUAAGAUGAAAAUUUCUGACAUAGAGGAUUCUAUCAGUGAAAAAUAUGGUGUCCAACCCUCUAGGUGGAAAUUGUACAAAGCAAAGACUAAGGCACUUAAACUGCUUAGAGGUAUAGAGGUGGAGCACUAUGGAAAACUUAGGAGGUACAUUGCAGAGCUUCAAAGGGUUGAUAAAAAUGGCACAUUUAAGCUUGUCUUGGAGAGUGGCAGUGUAUUCAAAUGUUUUUAUGUUGGUUUUAGUGCACUCAGACAAGGUUUCUUGCAAGGCUGUAGGCCAAUUAUUGGCUUUGAUGGGUGUUUCUUGAAGACCUUUUUAGGAGGUGUUUCAUUGUGUGCUGUUGGCAAGGACGGGAACAACCAGAUAUUUCCCUUGGCAUGGGCAGUUGUGGAUUUUGAGAAUGAGAGCAAUUGGAAAUGGUUUCUAUAUAUACUUUUUCAAGAUUUAUGGAUAUCAGAUGGACUUGGAUGGACAUUUAUCAGGAUCAGCAAAAGGUUA